AUGCAUUUGCCGGCGACACACGGACCAGAAUCGUUCGUGUGCUUUGCCUGUGCGAAACCUUUGGACGGAUACCCCUUGAAAGAAGGUGUCAACUUUCGAUGCUUCUUCUGUGACAAGAAGUGUCAUGGAGUUGGCUAUCACGUGCCUGAUCAGGAGACCAGCACUUCCUGUUGGUCCCCGGAAGCGUCUCGAGAGACGCUCCAGAAGGCCCAAAGCAGCGGUUCCUCGGCCAACGGCACGGCGACCUCCAACGGCGUGCCGGAGGCGGUCAAUGGCUUCGAGAUGGUGGAGGAUCAAGAGGACCUGCUGCGCUGUUUGGGGCCCUGGUUGGAGCUGUUGCAACUGGGACACUAUCUGGAAGAGGCGAAGGAGUGGUGUCAAGAGAUGGGUGCAGCCGAGAUGGACGAGAUCAGGGAGAACUGGGAGGACUUUGCGGAACACCUGGGACUCUCCGGGGAUGAGCGUGAGAGCUUAGCUGAAGCUUGCCAGCCCAGGGAGAUGAGUCCUCUGCUGCCAGCUGCGAAGAGUCGAGAGACCUUUGGUCCUGACACGAUGCCCUAUGUGAUGCAAGAAAAGUUGGGCCAGGGAGCCACUGCCUCGGUGUAUCGGUGCAAGCGCGGAGAUGAAGAGUUUGCUGUGAAGGUCAUUGACCUGCAUCGCUUCUGUUUGCAUCCAGCCUAUGACAAGCUGCGGCAUCACAUCAUGCGCGAGAUGUCCCUGCUGCUGAUGCUCUCACAUAGGAACAUCGUGAAACUCAUUGACUUCCAAGAGGCGGAGCACACCAUUUUCCUGGUCAUGGAACUGAUUCGUGGAGGCGACUUGAGCGAGUACCUUCAGAGAAAGCCCAAUGGUCAUAUGGAUGAUGAAGAGGCUUGCCACGUCUUCUUGCAGAUUGUGGAUGGGUUGAUGCACAUCCACUCCAAGAACAUCGUGCAUCGAGACCUGAAGCCUCAGAACAUCCUCUUGGCUGAACCUGAGACCACGAAUGCCCGGAAUUCCAGGAGACUGGAAUGCCCAAAGUCCAAACCCAUCGAAGUGAAGCUUUCGGACUUUGGGCACUCCAAGCUGGUCCGGGAUGGCUACACCUAUGCGCGCUCACAUGUAGGCACUCCGCAGUAUCUCGCGCCAGAGGUGGCGAACAGCAGCCGCAGCUACGAUGAGCGGGCGGAUCUAUGGAGUUUGGGAGUGGUGCUCUAUGUGAUGCUCACGGGCCACUAUCCCUUCCGCAGUUCUGAAGAUGCUGCCUAUCGUCAAGGAAGCUUCAAAUUCCGCGGCAGCGGUCGAGCAGAAGAGUUGAUUGCGGGGCUCAUUAAGCGAAGGCCUGAAGACCGUUUGUCUCUGGAGCAAUGCCUUCGGAGUGCAUGGGUUUUGGGCAACAGCUCGCAGCGUGCCACGGUGUGUUUGCUGCGACCUGUGAGCACCACCAAGGAGUGCCGAAUCAGGUUGCCACUGGCGCCAAAGAAUGUCUCACGAUUCAAGCAGGAGCUGGACACCUUCUCGCUCAGGCACAAACUCUCUGCCUGGUUGUUGAUCCUCGAGGUGGUGGUGACUUUCAACACCGAAGUGCCUGAGGUUCAGAUGGAAGCUGCCUGGUCAGAACUGUGGGAUAUUUGUCACAAGUAUUGUCCUGAACUGAAGCGUUCGAACAUGUUCCCUGGCGAAACGGGCAAUGGUGGUUGCUCCCCACAAAAAGGAGAUGGAGCCAAUCCCAUGCUGCAACAGGAGCACGAAGCCUUGAAUUCCAUCUAUGGUUUGGACUUUGAGGCCCUGAGCGACUGGGAGUGGUUGGUGAACGUCGGUCAUGGCACGUCUCUGCGGGUGAAGCUUCCGCUGGGCUAUCCCGGCUCCGAAGCGCCGGUGGUUCAAGUGGAAUGCCCCCAUGGCACGGCACCCAAUGUCCAAAGAGCUUUGGAAGAUUGUUGGUCUGCUGGUUCGGUGUGCGUCUUCGAAAUGGUGGAAUGCCUCCGUGCAGCUGUGGAAUCGGCGCUGGUGGUGGGUGCCACCAAGGAAGGCAGCGAGGAUGAGUCGCCAGUGAAGGUAAAGCCUGUGCCAAGUCCGGAGUGUGAUGUGCAGAUUUGUCACAGCGAAACCUUGGCAGACAGGAAAUCCCUGUUUCAGGCGCACCUGGCAAAGGUCCACAACAUGAAGGAGGUGGAAUGGGUGCGAGACCAGCUCCUUGCGGACAAACGCGUCAAGGGCGCGACGCACAACGUGGUGGCCUACCGAUUCCGACAGCGGCGGCCCAACCUGCUGAUCGAGGAAUCUGACGACGAUGGCGAAGCUGGUGCUGGCAAGCGGCUGCUGGAGCUGCUGAUAAACCGCAACGACAACGGUGUGUUGGUCAUGGUCUCCCGUUGGAGAGGCACCAUCCAUCUCGGAGCCGAUCGAUUUAGGAAUUAUCAGAAAGCUGCGCAGCAGUUGCUGGAGACCCAACUCUAG